GAAGAGUUGGCAACACUGCUUGAAUCGUGCUGCUGCGAUCAGAAUUCGUAGUUUGUCUUUUGCCACGAGGUUUUGCGUAUUGAAGGACAAAAAACUUUUGAAAUAUGCAGAUCUUUGUGAAGACCCUUACGGGAAAGACGAUAACUUUAGAAGUUGAACCUUCUGAUACAAUCGAAAAUGUCAAGGCAAAAAUUCAAGAUAAGGAAGGUAUCCCUCCUGAUCAACAACGUCUGAUUUUUGCUGGCAAACAAUUGGAAGAUGGACGUACUCUUUCAGAUUAUAAUAUUCAAAAGGAGUCGACUUUGCAUUUAGUGUUGCGUCUCCGUGGUGGUGUUAUUGAACCCAGUCUUCGAAUUUUGGCUCAGAAAUACAACUGCGAUAAGAUGAUUUGCCGAAAGUGCUAUGCUCGCCUUCAUCCCAAAGCUACUAACUGUCGCAAACGAAAAUGUGGCCACUGCAAUAACUUGAGACCCAAGAAGAAGCUUAAAUAAACUUGUUAUACUGAUUUAUGUAAUUUCUUGAUGCUACAUACGAUUAAAUAAAGAAAUAAAAUUAAA